AAAGCGGAUCGAUGUCCAGACCUCCGCAAUUGAACGGUUCGAACUACUCAUAUUCGAAGUCUGAGAUGACAAUCUUUUUCAGAUCGCUUGGAAAAGGCGUGUGGGAGAGUGUUGAAAAUGGCUGGGAGUAUCCAGUCAUUCCACAAGCACCCGAUCAAGGUAAAGAAACAACAACGAACGUCACGGUUUCUAAACCUACGGACAACUGGACUGAUGCUGAGAAGCUUCAAGAAGAAGCCAGCUAUCGUGCCUUAUAUGCGAUCAUGAUGGCAGUUGAUCAGACAAGACACAAGAUGAUAGUACAUUGCAAAACUGCUAAAGAUGCUUGUAGGAUCUUACAGCGUCAAUUUGAAGGUUCAACGGCUGUCAAAGCGUCCAGACUUCAACGGGUAACUCUUGAAUUUGAUGAGAUAAAAAUGAGAGAUGAAGAGACAAUUGACGUAUACUAUGCCAGAUUUUGUGAUUUGGUAAACCAAAGCAUGAUGCUUGGAGAAGAAAUCUCUGAAAAAUGUCAAGUUCAGAAGAUUAUGAGAACCGUUGUUCCCAGGUUUAGAGAGAAAAUCACGGCUCUUGAAAGUUUUCAAUUAGUGGCGUCAUUGGAUGUUGAUGAACUUCUUGGAGAGCUCAGAACUUUUGAAAUCAACAACAAUUAUGACAAAGUGAUGAGUAAAGGCUUAGCCCUCAAAGCUGCUGUAGUUGAGGAAAGAGAAGAAAGCGAUGAUGAUGAAGGUCCGUUGGCAGAUGAUAGUGAGCUGAAGGAAACACUAGACUUAAUUGCGCGAAACUAUGAGAAGAUGAGUCAAAGGCUGUACAAGAACAAAUUUGCUGGAAAAAAGGGGAACAGCUUCAGCAAGAAUGUAGUGCAGGACAAGAAAAGUACUAUGCCACUCUCAAAAUGCGAUUCACAACGAGUCGAGAAGGAUCAAUGCAGGGAGUUUAGGAGUUGGAAUCAGUCUGGCAUUCAAGUGAAGGUCCAUUCCAGGAUUCUCCCAAAUAACCGUACCAAAACGCAUCAAGUGUGGGUUGCUACGAAAUCCUUCAACUGUUUUGCAUCUGUUCUGUCCCUCAGGACUUCUCUGGAAGGUAAAUGGUAUCUGGACAGCCGCUUCUGUAGACACAUGAUUGGUGAACCUUCAUACUUGAAGAACAUUCAACCUAGUUCAAAUGGGGAAGUCACAUUUGGUGACAGAGUGAGCAAUAAGGUUAUUGGAACUGGUUGUUUAAAUUUGGGAGGAAUACCUAAACUAACUGAUGUGUUACUUGUUGAUAAGCUAAAGGAAAAUCUUUUGAGUGUGAGUCAACUCUGUGAUCAAGGCCUCAGUGUCAGUUUCUCAUGUGAUAAAUGUUAUGUGAAAGACAGUGAAGGUUCUUGU